AUGGUUCUCGAAUCAGCACGAAAUAGUGAUAGUUCGACGACUGUAGCUGCCUUGCGUGGUUCCUCCAACAGUGGUAUCGGAGGCCCGGUGUUAGUGAGGCCAACCUCACUACAACCACCCGAGAAAGAACCGGUAAACUUUCAGAUUAAUCUGAUUGGCGCACCACCCGAAGUGGAGCAGCUGAUCGAACACAUAAAAUCGGUUGCUGAGCAGUUUCUGUAUCACUGGAAAACGUUCCCCAUUAAUUUACCCACACCACUCUCGAACAGUCCCGGUGGAGGAGUCGGUAAUGGUGGAACAGGAACAGUCAUCACAGGAGGAGCAGGUGGACAGAGUGUUACCUCGCUUUCGGUUGCCGGUAGUGGCGGUGGAAGUAAUGUCAACCUGCACAGCACAGUCGUUGCCACAGGAAAUCGGAAAACUCGCCCAAUCAAUUUGCGUGAUUUGUUCAUUGCACCUCCGUUUGAUGAGCUGGAUGCGGUCGCUGCUGAUGGUUCCGGUGAGCCCCGGUUGCUGACCAAUGCUCAGUUACGGUCGUUACGUGAACGUGGCUUGCAAAAGGACAAAUUUGGGAAACCAAAGAAAUUGAAUUGCGAACAAUUGGAAACGAUUCAGUUAACUGGAGAAUUUGAGGUACCAAGCUUGAACUUUCCGGGCCAGGUUCAUCGAUGGCAGCUGUCACAGUUUUUGCAAAAGGGUUCCGAACGGACGCGAGAUUCAUUACUUAGCGAUCUGGCAUUAUCCGCUCGCUUUAUCGUUAUCACUGCCAAGGAACGGCUCACCGGCCAUUUCUUCUCUGUUGCCCAUGCCUUUCGAGCAUUGCUGCAGGGACUCAUAAAACUAGUGGACAUGAUUGUCGGUGUUCCCUCGUUGCUAGCGCAUAAUUUAGAUAACAAAAUUAAAGGAGAGCGUUGUCGGUUUUUGGUAGCGGAACUAGUUUGUAGGAGUGAAUACGAAGACUGUCUAGAUUCGUUGUGUAGUUAUGUGCGCCACCAGCUACGCCGUGCCACGAUGGAAAAGUUUGAUGUGAACUGCAACCAAGCGCAACCGAUUCCUUAUCUUUACGUGACUCCCAAAGGACAAGAUAUCGAUUUGCGUCUUUUUUCGAAGGAUACGAUGCGACGCGCUCUACCAAUUCUUGUAGGCAUACUGGAGAAGGAAACGCGCGGUUGGUUUCUACACUUUCGUGAACGGUUGAUAGCGGAACUACGGGAACGAAAGAUGACCGAUGCGGAAAUUGAGGAAGAGGUAAAUGAUGCCGUUAUGAAGGAAUACCUACAGCGCGUCUACACCUCCAUCCUGUCGAACGUGGAGCUCACCGAGCUGGGUGAAAAUAUACCACAGCUGUUAGUGCAACAGGCUCAAUCGGUGGUGAUAAUGCACAAAGCGGUGGACAAAAUACAGAAAGAGCUGAAAAAAUCGCGUGAAGAAAUGGAGCGCACUCUACAGGAGCAGCAUCCUGUGCUAUCGCGUGUCUUUCCCUGGCUGCGAGCAAAACUUAAUGCCGGUGAACAGGCGAAAUUGUCGAAAAUUACCUGGGGAGCUCACGAGGAAGCAUUGCGAGCUGCACAGCGUCUCAAUUUGCACCAGACGGUGUAUUUUCUCAACCGAGACUUGGCGUUUAUGAAGGAGCGCGAACCAGUGCUGCUAAAGGAACUAAAAAAUGCCAAAACACCGACACGCAACUUCCAGUGGGCAUGCCGUAUCUGGUCUCCCAAGUCGUGGAUCAUUCGCCGCAGCUUUCAAGGGCACUCGGAGGUGAUCCCAACGGUCAUCUGCCAACAGGCAACUUCAAUUGUAACACCCCGAUCGGACCCCAGCCAGCCCGUGUUUCUGGUCGAGAAGGAGUUGAUACGCUCGACCAGUACUCGUUGGCCAAUGUGGCGGUUGCUUAACUUGUUUCAACGCACCUGGACCUGGACGUGGAAUAUUAUGUUUUUGCUCGGUGUUAUUGUUCCAUGGUGCAGUCCACUCGGUUUGCGUGCUCUGUUUUGCAAAAAACCGUUCAUGGCCGAUCUAGAGCUGUCGCAGGUGAAUGGUACACUGUUUCCACGUAAAACCAGCAUUACUCAGACGAUGGUUUCGAGAUUGAUGGAACUGUGGCGUCAUAUUUCAAAGGCGAGAACACAUUUCGAAACCGAACCGGACACGGGUUUCAUAGGAAAGGGCAUGACACGUCAUUUGAAUCGCCUGUACAACUACUUCAUAAAAGGUUUUCUGGGCACACUCGUCAUUCUGGUACUGUUUCCCUUGCUAUGUUUCGCCGUCAGUGCAUCGAGCCUUGCGCUAGCCAUCACAGCCCCAAUCUGGAUGCCGUUCAUAACGUUUACUUUGCAUCUGUACAUGAUGCUGAUAUACGAUUUAGAUUGUCCCGACGAAAGCCGGCGCAAUCGGUACUGUAUAUUACUUGAAGCGCUUGGAUGGAACAUUGGCGUGCAAGGAUUGCUUCAGCCGUUGGCAGCCGUUCUCGUGGCAUCCGUUAUUUGUCCGCUUAUUGCUGUGUUAGUGUUCUUCGUCGGAAUCGUUCGGUACUGGGUGCGACUGUUUUGGGAUGCGGCUACAUUCCAUCUGUUCAUCAAAAAGUGUGGACGUGUGCCGGCUAGUGACAGUUUUGCCGUUCGGCGGAUUGCGGGUCCCGGGUUGGCGCUGGAUUAUUAUUUUUCCAUUAAACCAGAACAAGCACUUGCCGCGUUUGAAGCCAAGAUGGAGCUCGAUGAGCUACAGGCAUAUCAACACUCCAUGGAGACUAUCAUCUGUCAACCGCAAAAGGACUUUAGCCAAUUUGUGGAAGCUUGCUUUGGCCCAUUCUCAGCACAGCUUUCGAAAAGUGUCGGUCCUUACCGUCAGCUAGAGCGCGAGGGUCAGGAUCUAAUGACGUCACUGCACGAAAAGCUGGAAAAAAGACGACGUGACUUACAGACAGGAUUAACGACUGCGGUGAAAUCACGCAUCAAGCUCAACACGAUGGAACUGAAAAUUGUCAUACAGCAGUCAGCGUACAUGCUGGAAAAAUUCUAUCCCUCGCACGUUAUUGCCCGAUUGUCGAUUAGUGAGGAGGAGUUCUGGGACGCGAAGGGUCUAUCUGUGGGUGACUGGGCCGGACUGGCCGGUAUGCUGUACGCAGACAUUUUCAGCCUGGACUUUUUGACACCGCUGUCCGAUACCGAUACACAGUUUAAGCUGGAACCACAUGCACAGCUAGAUUUGAACCGGUACAAUGAGAUGGUACAAAACACUAGCGACAUAAUGGGCAUUAAUGGGCCUGAUUUGCUGGGCAACGUGUAUGCACCGCGAGGAAACAUUCAGGUUCAUUCACCAUACUUGGAGGUGUCUGCGUUCAAUCCACGUUCGCGAGUAAUGAUCAAUUCAAGGCGAGCGGAAAAACGCAACGAUACGACGUCUUCCGGUUUGACAACGCCUCGGGUUCGAGCGCGCCGUUCUCCGAUGCCAUCGCCGAAGCAGAAAACACAAAGCUGGAAACCAUGGAAACGAAAACAACAACCAAAGCACGCAUCGGACAAGAUGCUGAUUCCAUUGCCCAUCCCGCACCCGGUGCAUAUUGCCAUAUCAAUCUACAAUCGUGACUCGGACCAACCGAUCCCGAUCGAGUCGGAAUUGUGCUGGGAGAUACUGCGCUCGAUCGAAGAGUGCCAGGGCGAUCAGGAGGCGAUCGUACGCUUCCGCGAGCUGGGUGAUCGUAGCGAUGGUGGCCAUCAUCAUCAUCAUCAUCAUCACCAUCCGAACCACUCAUCGGUAGGAAUCAGUGUGGACGGAUUGGCCGCCAUCGACAGCAGUAUUGAUUCGCUCGAUUCACAAAAUUCGUCCAACUCCGGGACCAAGGACAGUAUGGAUAUGAUAGCUGGUGCAACGGAAACCUUACCGUGCACGAAUCGCGAGGUAACGAUCAUGAUGCCAUCGCAAGUGCUCGGUGUGGAUGAUGAAGACGAUACUGGCCUCGAUGCUCGUGGACGUGGUGAAAUUGGAACCGAUAUGAAUCAACAUGGCACCACCACCAAUACAACUGUUGUCAUAAUGCCAUCAGCUAAUGGUUCCGGUAGCGUGACGACAACGACAGUAGCUACAGGAGGCGCUGGUGGUGCUUUAACACCAUCCUCGACCAACGCAGCUCCGACACACUUUCACUGGACGCUUCGUAAUUGGGGCGGAGGAAAUGGGCAAUCGGGAGGACAAGGAAAUCGCCGGCGUAAUACUAGUUACACGUAUAGCAGUGCUACCACUGCCAGUGGUGGCGCUGGCCAGCUGAAUAGUGGCAGUGCCACAAACUCGGCCAACGAUAGUCAACUGGAUCAGAUCCGGGUGGAUCUAGCCAGUCCUGAGGAUAUUUCGCUCGAUACCGAUAGCUCUCGGGCAAUGUUUACUGCUGCUUAUGGUACAUCCGUUUAAUC